CUUUGCACAAUACAGCAUAAAAAUGUCCACAAAAUUUUAUUGUAUAUUAGCAAUUGUUUUGUUUUCCUUUGUUCAAGUUAGAAAUACCGCUUCAAUUACCAACUACAAAUCGCCUUUGAUCGCUGAGUACGUGGAACAUUGUCUUCGUGAAUCGCGAGCGAAUCCCGAACAUAUUAUAUUUUUGAAAAAUGGUGUCAUACAUAGUCCCAAUUACGCCUUGAAGAAUUGGCUGUUAUGUUACCUUUCGAGAACGGGAGUCAUGUCACCUGAAGGGGUGCUCAAACAACACGUAGUUAUGAAGAAAGUAGCAAAACAAGAUAAAGAUUUGGUUGAGAAGAUCAUUGACAAGUGUUUGUUCAAGACACCACACGAACCAGUGGACACAGCCUGGAAAUAUUUGACCUGCUUCCGUAAAAGACAACCACAAUACGCGAGAGAAAUUAAUCAUAUAUAACUAAGUGGACAAAAAUAAAUAAAGAUAUCUAAUAU